GUCAGGCCCAAGAACUGUAGCGCUGGCGUGGAUUGAAAGAUAUAAACUAUAAAACUAAUAUGGCGAGAUUUCCUUUUGGUCGGUUAGAAGAGACUGAAAUACGGAAGCCUUCGAAAGUACGCUUGGUUUUCUUGAUAUUGUUUCUACUGCUGCUUAUUCUGUCCGGAAUCUUCAUUGUGCUGUAUUUUAAAGUCUUUAAAGAGAAGUCCAAAUCGUCUGAGAAAUGUAGUUCUCCUGCUUGUAUCAGUGCUGCAGGUAUGUGUGGGGUUAGGUUUGCUUUCAUUAUCGCGCCUUAGUGGGACAUGAUUAGAACUACAAAAGAAAUAAUUGAUGAUUUAUAGAAACGUAUAUAAUAAACUCACUAUAAGCGCGUGUACGCACGCGAAAUUGAUACCUUAAUUUUUUCAGAAAACGGUAUAAAUUGACAAUUUCCCGUGCGUGAUACAAAAUGACUGAAAAACGGCAAACUUAUAUUAUCCGCAUUUUACAAUAUUUCGCAACGAAACUUUGGAAUAUUACUAAUUUUGUUCAUUAGGUAAUAGGUCCAUUAAAUUAAAACGGGCUGAAAUUUUGUCCAUAAUAUAUUAAUUGAACAAGUCUACAGGGCUCUUUGGCUGCUUAUUGCUUAUAAACAGCCUCUUCCGUUUUCAAUAUUCGGUAUUCUGUUACUAGCAAAAUAAUACACACAAUAAAGUACUUCCUUGAAAGUUUUUUUAGUGAAUCUAAUGAGGAGUUGCAAGAUAUUUCAAAUCCACCUCUUGUAUAAUAAUCAGUUUUAAUUUUGUGUUACAGCUCAAACGAGCAAUUAACCGAGGCCGCUUUUGCAUAUUUUUAAUGUUUUCAAAUUAUGACCACGUUUACACUUGUACCGGAUACGUUUCCGUAGCGACGUGAAAAAGCACUUACCCGUGCGUUUUAGGAACGUUUUAGGAAUUAUUGCUGCCGAACGGCAACGAGGCAGCACACUAUUCUUGAGAUCUAUGAAACUCGAGCCAGCCUCCUUAAAUUUGCCGAAAUAUAUAUAAAGUCGACAGAAUGCCGAUUUUAGCGACCGAUGUAGGAUGUUCAGUUUUAUGACGUUUUAUGACGUGUGAGUUUCAUAUUAUCCGUUUUCGCGAAUCAAUCGACAUAUCUCAGUACCGCAAUAUCCGCAUUAGAACAAGACGCUCUGUUGAUCUAUGGCAGCGUUUAGUCGCUGGGAUUUAUAUUAAAGAUGAUGUCCAUUUCUGUGCUCAUGCGCAAACUUUGUUUACGUUUUGAACUUCUAUAUUUGUAAAAUAUGAUAUACUAUGUAACUGAAUAUCUACCACUUUUCUUGUUCGCUGUGCUUGGAAAUGAAUAUGAAGUCUACGUUUCAAUUAAAAAAAGUUCGAAAGAUGCAAAAUUUGGGGAAUGUCUAUAUCUGGGGUCCCUCUUUGUUAUGAGCGCAGAAUGAAGUGGAAAUCAUCUUUAAAGUAGAGCCCUAUUCUCCGAUAGUAAAGGCCUGCACAAAUUUGACGAGAGGUGCAAGUACGUCUAAAAGUAUGAAAUUUGUUGAUUUACGCACUAUAUUGUUUAAUUGUAGUACUGACAUACAGUUUAUGAGCACGUAAUUAACGUAAAAUGCGCCUAAAUUUACAGCCAAAUUAAUAUAACUUUCGAUACCCAUAAAUUUUAAAAGUUUGAAAUACAGUACUUCCUUGAAAGUUUUUUAAUUUUAGUGAAUCUAAUGAAGAGUUGCAAGAUAUUUCAAAUCCACCUCUUGUAUAAUAAUUCAGUUUUUGUGUUACAGCUCGAACGAGCAAUUAACCGAGGCCGCUUUUGCACAUUUUUAAUGUUUUCAAAUUAUGACCACGUUUACACUUGUACCGGAUACGUUUCCGUAGCGACAUGAAAAAACAUUUACCCGUGCGUUUUAGGAACGUUUUAGGAAUUAUUGCUGCCGAGCAGCAUCGACGCAGCACACUAUUCUUGAGAUCUAUGAACUCGAGCCAGCCUCCUUAAAUUUGCCGAAAUAUAUAUGAAGUCGACAGAAUGUCGAUUUUAGCGACCGAUGUAGGAUGUUCAGUUUUAUGACGUUUUAUGACGUGUGAGUUUCAUAUUAUCCGUUUUCGCGAAUCAAUCGACAUAUCUUUACCGCAAUAUCCGCAUUAGAACAAGACGCUCUGUUGAUCUAUGGCAGCGUUUAGUCGCUGGGAUUUAUAUUAAAGAUGAUGUCCAUUUCUGUGCUCAUGCGCAAACUUUGUUUACGUUUUGAACUGCUAUAUUUGUAAAAUAUGAUAUACUAACUGGAUAUCUACCACUUUUCUUGUUCGCUGUGCUUGUAAAUGAAUAUGAAGUCUACGUUUCAAUUCAAAAAAGUUCGAAAGAUGCAAAAUUUGGGGAAUGUUUAUAUCUGGGGGUCCCGUUUGUUAUAAGCGUAGAAUGAAGUGGAAAUCAUCUUUAAAGUAGAGCCCUAUUCUCCGAUCGUAGAGGCCUGCACAAAUUUGAAGAAAGGUGUAAGUAUACAUCUAAAAGGUGAAACUGAUUUGUUGAUUUACGCACUAUAUUGUUUAAUUUAACUUCUAGUACUGACAUACAGUUUAGGAGCAUGUAAUUAACGUAAAAUGCGCCUAAAUUUACAGUCAAAUUAAUAUAACUUUCGAUACCCAUAAAUUUUGAAAGUUUGAAACCAUUAUACUCAAAUAUUAUAUAUAGGCCACACAAAGGCUGUCUUCUACGCUGGGCAUGCAAGUAGCAGUAAUUUCCAAAUGUUUGUUUUUCAACUCGUGCUCGUGGCAAGGUCCUCAGUAGAAAAAAGCCUUAUUCAAAACGAAUACAUAUGAAAGCGCGCAAAUUACAAAAAAACAUUAUACAAUAAUUUAUAGCAGAACUGGAUUAAUUCGUCAAAGCCCAUGUUCUGGGGCCAGAAAGCAACUCUAGCUGCAUGUUAUUAUAAACGGUCUUACUUUAGAUAUCAAUUUGCGUGAAAUAAUUAAUUUAAUUUAAACAGCUUAACAUAACACCUUAACACUUUUUCUUACACUUUAGAACAUAGAUAUACGAGACUUAGAAGUCUCGUAUAUCAAUGUUCUAAAGUGUAAGAGACCCUUAUUCCAACUAUAUAGUGCAUUCAUAUUGCUAUAGUUUUUAGAGGGCGAAUUGACGCGGUAUAUAUAUAAACGUCGUUUUGCAAAGCUAUAUUUAUACGUCAACGAUAUCCAAUCAAUCGUAUAAUCAAUAGGCUUAGGGAAUAGUUUGCGUAUUUCUUACAAAUAUAUUACAACGUUGUCGUCAUAAAGGGCGUAAAAAAAAUACCUGUGGUUCCGGUUUCAUAUCGUGAAAAAAUUAGGGUCAGUAGGUCGGAAAUAAUUUUUUUUUUGAAUAUUUUUUUCAUGGUUUUGGCAGUUUUUUGCUGGGCGAUUUGCAGUAGAGUCCCAAUUACAUCAAUAUUAACUAGAGAUGCGUAUUUAGGCAAUUUGGUUCAAUAAUUAGUGUGACAACAGACGCCAUUUUGGCACGCUGUACGAGCAGCCCGCAACCACCUGAAGAAAAUAGGGUCGUUUUCAUGUUUUUUUAAAAAAAUAGUUUUUAAAAUAGUUUUUAAAAAAGUUUUAAAAAGUUUUAAAGAGUUUUGAAAAGCAAAAAAAGUUUAAAAAGUUAGAUUUUUAAAAAAGUUAAAAAAAUUUAAAAAUUUUAAAAAAUGAGGGUUAGGGGUUAGUGGUUAGGGGUUAGGGUUAGGGGUUAGGGGUUAGGGGUUAGUGGUUAGGGUUGGGGUUGGGGUUAGGGUUAGUGUUAGGUGCCGCGAAUUUAUUAUUAUGAUAAAUUCAAAAUUUGCCGCGAAUUUAUCAUAAUGAUAAAUUCGGACGUGUUUAAGAAUUUACUCAUAUAGUAAAUUCAAAGGUGGGGCUCAUGCUGGAAUUAAGUUGUACCUUCCGUAUCGGAUAUAGGCGUGGUUUUUUCGCGCCGCUGCGGAAAGCUAUUCUGUAUAGUGGUUUCCGUAUGGUCGUAAAAAUAGAGUCACGAUCUUAGUCAACGGCCAGCUUUUAUAAUAGUUUAUACCUGUAAGCUACAUAUAAAUCAUAAGUAUUCUCUAGUUAUAAUCACUCCGCGUAGUUUCAGGAUAAAUUGUUGUAUUUCGGCUGAUGAAAAAGAUCGUGACACCACAUAACCGGAAGAUGUAAGUCAAAAUAACUCGUUGGCGAUUGGUUCGCCUUAAUUUUAAAACAUUAAGAAUAUGCAAAAACGGCCUCGGUUUGCCCGUUCGAUGUGUAAUAUUUCGAUGAAAAUUGUUAGAAGAUUUGUAUUCCUGCCUGAUAACAUGCUGACAUUUGAAUUUAUUAAAGGAAGCGCUCGAGUACUCCACUUAUCAAAUCUACGCAUACUACACGUACCUUGCUACGGCCCCUCCUAACACCGCGGAAAAACAUUAGAUUUAAUUACUUAAUGGAAAGUGAAAUUAAAUAAAAAAUGCACUAGACGGGUAGUUUGGACAUUAAUAAAAAGUUUUCUAACACUGAUCUAAAAUGAAAUUAGAAUUUAAAUUAAAAAUUAUCGUUUUAGACUGGGACGGCGGGAGGCGUGUGAACACAUUUCUUGAUAAAUUGUCGAAAAGUUAAGCCAACUAUCAAACAGUUAAGCAUUUGCACACGAUUAAAUUGUAGAGUCAACGCAAAAAUUAUACAUGCAUUGCAAAAAAUGUUGAGAAAAAUGUUGAUCCGAUAUGAACCUACGAAAAAUAUCUUUGUAUCAGUUCAGUUAAAGAACGUUUUGUACAACAAAUUUAUCGACAGUCACCUUUCAUUUUCUUGCAUAAUACUACUUCUUGCGCAUAUAUACUGUAAUUAUUUUUACUGUUUUUAGGUUGCCACAUUCAUUAUUCGGUAAUUGAUAAAACUAGAAUAGUGAAGCGAAUAGUCGACGAAUAGUACGAAUAGUCCGCGAAUAGUCUUUUCCACUCUCACCAGAAAAGGUUAGAUUAUCAGGUAGACCUGAAAAUAUUCGACAAUCAUUCAAAUACAUUUAGCUCUCUGGAGCAUAAAAAUUAUAUUAAAUAUCUGGGUGUACUUAUUGAUAGUGGCCUCACAUGGAAAGAUCAUAUCGACUACGUUGCUUCGAAAAUAAGCAAAUCAAUUGGCAUUAUUGCCAAAUUAAGACAUUUUGUUCCAAGGAGUACUACAUCGGAUAUAUACAGAUCUCUUAUAUUACCAUAUACCUCGUAUGGUAUUAUUCUAUGGGGUCAAGCUGCUAGGGUUUACCUUAACAAGAUUUUUAAGCUUCAAAAGCGUGCUCUUCGAUUAAUGAACUUUGGGAAGUAUAGAUCCCAUGCGAUCCCUUUUUUUAUUUCUGAUCAAAUUUUACCUAUCGAUAUGCUUUAUUUUAAGUCUGUUUCUGUGCUAAUGCACGAUGUUUAUAACAAAAUGACGCCGUUAAAUAUUUCAAAUUUAUUUAUCCCGGCGCGUGAAGUUAACAAAUGUAACACUAGAUUCUCCUCUGGCAGCAACUUCUAUGUUAAAAGUUCGCGUUUGGACAAGUUACAUAGGUCAUUUUCAAGAACGGGAGUCAGGAUAUGGAAUAGUAUAUCUGAUGAUUUGUGUAAUUCUUCUAAAAACAAAUUCAAGAGAAAAUUGCAUGAGAUAUUGUUAUCUAUACUUACUAUAGAGGAGGAUUAUGUUGAUCUCGCUACAAUAAUAAAAAAAAUUUCAAACAUAAAUUAAAUUAUAGGUAACCGCAUAUCUAUGUUCUUACCUUGUUCCUUUUAUUAUUUUUUGUUGAUGCAUAUGCUAAAUUGCAACUGCGUAAUUUUAAAUCACGUAAUAUUAUCUCUCUUAUAGUUUCUCUUCUUAUUCUUUCACCUUUUGUAAACUACAUCUCAAAUAUCUAUCCUUAAUUUAAUUUUUUUGUAAUUGUCCGCCUCGAUUAGCUUUUGCUACCUGCGGACAGAUUGUUAUUGUAAAUAUUUAUAGCUAUAAUAAAAUUGUUGUUGUUGUUGUUGUUGUAUAGUGCAAUAGAGACUUUGCAUGCAAGGCUUUGCACCAGUGCUAUAGAACUAAAUUUACAGGAGGGAGAGGGGUUCUAUUGACGAACAUGAAAUUGUGAAAAUAUUCGUUGACGUCAAUGACGUAAAGCUCCAGACACACCGGACGCGAUUCGACAACGCGACGCGAUUUUUCGAUUUUCACUGACCGAUAACUUUGAUCCUAGUUUAAAUUUUCCGAAUAUUUAGAAGCGCUAUAACAUUUUGAGUUAUUUGAUCUACAUAUCUUUCAAAAUUUGCUCUCAUUGGAUAUUUUAUUAAAUAUUAACUCUCAAAACCUAUAAAAACUCGCGUCGCGUUGUCGAAUCGCGUCCUGUGUGUCUGGAGCUUAAGCCAUAUUAGCCUGCAAACAGGCUCUUUGAAUUGAAUUAGACCCUGCCGGUUUAGUCAAUAAAAAUAUCGGGAUUGUUUGUGAGAGAGGUCCAGAAUGGUCUGAAAGAUUACGCCGGACAUCCAUAAAAAUAAAAUGUGCAUUUUGAAUUUGUAUUUUCCCUUCUCUAGUCCGGAUCACGUCUCAAUGACGUGAGACUCGUCUAUAACAAAAGCACAACAUGAGCUCCACCUUUGAAUUUACUAUAUGAGUAAAUUCUUAAACACGUCCGAAUUUAUCAUUAUGAUAAAUUCGCGGCAAAUUUUGAAUUUAUCAUAAUAAUAAAUUCGCGGCACCUAACACUAACCCUAACCCUAACCCUAACCCCUAACCACUAACCCCUAACCCUCAUUUUUUAAACUUUUUAAAUCUUUUUAACUUUUUUAAAAAUCUAACUUUUUAAACUUUUCUUGCUUUUCAAAACUCUUUUAAAACUUUUUAAAACAUUUUAAAAACUAUUUUUUUAAAAAACAUGAAAAUUUAUCAUAAUGAUAAAUUCGGACGUGUUUAAAUUAAGAAUUUACUGAUAUAGUAAAUUCAAAGGUGGAGCUCAUGUUGCAAAAGCAACCAAACGAUUACGCAAAUGACAACUUGAAUAUUUUAAAGCGUCAACUGAACACUUGUCAAGAACGUUUUCGGUCGAUCCAAAUAUCAAAUGAAAUUUCCCCGAUUUUAUGUCCUCUAUGUUCAGUUUGUCACUAACGGCGCAAACCGAGCUCAUACCAAGGACCUUAGCAUCUUCCAUUUGUCCUCAGCGUGACGAACCUUGUCCUCAGCGUCACGAACCUUGUCCUCAGCAAUAUCUUACUAUAUUACUUGCCCUCAGCUAUAUAAACUAUAUUACAGGUAUAAAGCUAAGAGAAAGCUCAUUCUUUAAUGUUCAUCAAGUCCGGAUCGGUCCAAUUCUUGUUUCUACAACAAUAUAUAUAUAUAUAGUACGUUGUUCUGAUGGCGACGGGCAUUAUUUUCUUAACACAAAAGUUCUGAUAUGUUUUUUUAUCAAGACCAACUUCAUUCAACAUUUUCAUAAACGUGCUACUUGAUUCUUUUGAGAAAACACCUAAGGCAUGCACUAAUAGACAAAUUAAUAAAUUUGACAGUUUUUAAAUGGUCUUUCUGCUGCGUAAUUAUAGAUCCAUGUAUCUUUUGCAAUCGGCUUACUUCGGAAUCUCGGACCUGAACUCGGACUCGAAGAAAAUCCGGACUCGAGAAAAACCGGACCCGGACUCGUAUUUAAAAAAAUCCGGACUUGACUUUUGAAAACCUGGACUCGAAAUAGAAAAACGGAUUUAAAACAAGGACUCUGUGUACGAGAUAAACCAUGGUCUCCCAUUUUCUAAUCUUCUACUGUUAACCUAAUAAUCACUUAGAUAUACUGGAACCAAAUCAUUUAGGCACUUUAUUAAUUUGUAUAUUUAUGCAUACUUCUACGAGUAGCAGUAGCUAUAUACGAGCGGUAGCAUUUUGAUUCUCAAAAUAAUAUACACUUAAUGUCUGCUCCCGAGGGAAAUAGUUAGUUUUGUUUUCCCGAGAAUCUCAAUGUUUCCCGAGACGAAGUCGAGAGAAACAUUAAGAUUCGAGGGAAAACAAAACUAACUAUUUCCCGAGGGAACAGGCAUUAAGUGUUUUGUUAUAUAGCGACGAACAAAAAUCAACUUCAACAACAUUCAUACAACAAUUGUAUUUCGUGACGAAAACUCUAUAGUGUAAACGAGUUUAAAAUUAAAAGAACCUACUUAAACGGUUUCAGCAGCAUAUCCUGUUGCCUGUUGUGUAUUUUUCUUCUCUUUUAUAUUCUUUAUUUGGACACAAACUUGCGGGAAAAUCGUAGUUUCGAAUGAUCUGAGUUGUGCCUCCAUUUUGUUUAUUUAUGUACGUGGCCGGUCGGGGCGGGCAACAAUUUUUCACUUGUUGCCCGGCGGGAAACAUUGCAUUUAUCUGAAGUCACGUGACCACAAAUCAGCCAAUCACGUUUGGUGUUCACGCUAGCUAUACAGGGUGUCUAAAAAAAACCCAAAAUCAUUGAAAUAACGUAUUGUUCGAAUUUCAAUGCCGUAACACAAAGGAUUUUGACAGGGUGAUUAAUUUGUUUUAAAAAAUUAAAAUAUCUUUGUAAAGUGAACGUUUGUUUGCUCAUGGGAAUUUAAAAAUGCUUCGUAAAUUGUAAUAUGCGUAAUAUGCAUUCGUAGGUUUAGUACUUUAUGCCUGACAUAACAAGUUUACGCUGAGUAUUACCAUUCAUUAUAGCAGUUAUGUCAAUCUUUUAUGCACUCGUGGGAUUAACUUAGUGCUAGGGCAUUGAAUAUCGAACAAUACGUCAAUUUCAAUGAUUUUUUUUUUUUUUGAGACACCCUGUAUAACAACUUGAUUUAUUCUCAAACUUCAUUGUCAGUAUUGAGCCGUUUUUCUGGCAAUUGAUGAACGCAUUUCCUAACGUCUCAAUAUCGAAUUUAUACCAAUCCACCAACUUGAAUUUCACUGUCAGCAGCAUUAGGCCUGUUAGUCGAAUUUAGUCCGCGGGUGCUGCGACAUAUUUUUUGCUUCCACUUAAGAUUGCUUUCAUUGUGAUGUGUUAGUUACUAUAUUUAAUUAGGAAUAAUUGUGGAUGUUCAAUUUGUGUUUAUGGUCUUUAUCUUAACGAAAUUGAGAAAAUAAACGUGCGUCUUGCCCAAAUAUUUGAAAGCAUAUUAUAAUAUUUAUGUCCAUCCGCACAACGCUCGGAUUACUUCACAGUAGGUGCUUAGGCGCGUUUCCGCGACACCUUCAUUGACAUUGCCUUCAACUUGUGAUGUUUUCCACUCUUUUUGAUUGGUUGAAUUUACUUUGCUAAAACGGAAAUAUUUUUUUUGAAAAGGCAUUCAUUGGAUUCGCUGUCAUUGAAAUGAUGGCCUAAGCCACAAAACGCGGUCGAGUUAUUUUUACGUGUCAUUUUGACAAAUUUUUCGACAUUUUUCUUAAAAAGGCGAGUUCAACCGUUUAAGUCGAAAAGUGUGCUGUCCACUGUAGUAGCGCAUCAGUACUUGUAUAUGAGGUCGAAUGUGUUCGGGGUAUAUUCUGCCCUUGCCCGGCGCCAUCACGUUGUCUGCUAUGGUUGCAGCAAUCGUGUAACGAGAUGGUUUCCAGCCAGAAAUCCUGACUGCUGAGACAGAUUUUCGUUAUUAAUUUAGGUCAAGGGUAGAUUUAAUUAGCUACUCGCAAAUGUAUGCAUAAAUGCAUUUUGGUGUUUAACUGCCUAAAUGAUUUGUUCAGGUAUAUCUAGCUAAUCUAUAAAGUGAUUAUUUUUUGAGGAACCAUAGUCCACAUUUAUUACUUGUGGGGAAGACAUUACUUAUUAAUAAAGUUCCGGAUACGGGUAUUUCGUAUGGCGUCAUAUCACCGCCAAUAUUCAUGUAUAUCAUGCUUUCGACAUUGAAGUUAAAUAGGACAAUCAACACCCAUGCGUUUUUGACAUGGAAAUCAGUUAAACUGGACAUUGAACAUGCCGCGAAUUUAGCACCGAUCGCAACUUCCACAUGUUGAACGAUUGCGUCAAAUCUCCGCCAAUAAAAUUAAUUUAUUAAGCUAACACAAGACAACCUCCCGGCGAAAUUCAUUCGGGUCCAGAUCUCUAGAACAUGGUACGCGAAUCUCAUAAAAUAAAGAAUAUUUAAAGAGACUCGCCAACAAGGCCUAGUAUGCGCUCUAAUCAAUUGCAUUUUUCAGCAUGUUAAUGGUUAUGCAUUACAACUACAUUUACAACAUUAAAUUUUGUGUCAGUAUGUAUAUUGUAUUAGAAUCUCUAGAUCUGAGAAGUAAAGUCAAAGAAAUAUUGCAUGUGAUGAAAUGUGGAAAUCUCCAAAAUGUAUUUCCCUGUAAUACAAUAUGACAAGUUUACAAUGCUUUGCAUAAUAUAAUAUUUUAUACUAUCGAUCUUUGAAUUGUGCCCUGUAAAUUAUUAUCGUGUAUAUCUCCUGUAGUGCAAAAUGCUCUAAUGUAUAUAAAUUAUGCACGAUUCCAGGUUCCGGUUCCUGUAUCGCUGCAUCGUUGUAUCGCUUUUUAGUAGCAGCCUGAUUUCUGUCACAAACACUUAAGUUUUUGAUUCACGAAAGCCGACUGGAAGUACAACGUACGGAACACAUAGAUCUUGAAUCACACUCCCUGUACACGCAAUUACACCAUAGCGUACGCCUAUAUUUUUACCAUUUGAUAUUCACUCAUAAUUUAUUAUUUUUCUUUAGAUUUAAAAUCAGCUGAGUAUGUUAUAUAAAAUUCAGUAUGAUAUUAUUUCCGUUUUCAUGAAACUUUUAUACAAGUUUACAACAGUCAGGCGUCAAAACUUGUAAAAUCAUCUGGUGAUUAAAAUUAAAGCCUAUUGAUAAAUCUUUUUCAGAUAUUCGUAACAAACUCGAUGAAUCCACCAAUCCAUGUGAUGAUUUUUACCAGUACAGUUGUGGGGGAUUCUCAAACAAUACUCAUCUACCUGACGGUAAACCGUACGUGAAUUCAUUCAGUGUAGCAGACGAUUUCGUUCAAAAUGCUUUGAGAGAAAUAUUGCAAAAUGAUGACUUGAUGUCAGGUUACUCCGAGGUACUGUAAUUUAUCAUACUGUUAACAAUUCAUAACAUUUGACAAAAAAGUGAUAAAAUGCUGUACAUAUAAGUUAGAACCAUGCAGUGUAUUAUGGGCCACUAGCCUGAUAUUCAGGCAGUUAAGCACCCAAAAUUCAAGAACCACUUCAAUGCAAAACGUUUGACUCAAAAAUUUGAGUAAACUUACGUUUACACGCUACGGUUAAUCGUGUACGAUUCGUAUUCUGGCUUAUUAAAAUGAGUGCUGGCGCCAUAAUUCACUGCCGUUUCGUUGAAAAGAAAUUUCAAAUGUAGCCAGCUUACGCGUGUUUACUCAAUGACAUACGCCAGAAAACGAAUCGUACACGAUUAAUCGCAGCGUGUAAACGUCGCUUAAAGUUUACAAUAGUCAGGCGUCAAAACUUAAAGGUACGUUUACACGCUACAAUUUGUCGGACCGAUUUAGCUUUAAUAGACCUUAUGCAUAAUUACGUCACAAGACUUGAUGCCCGCGAGCAAUGCUGGUCUUGGUAAGUCAUCCGCCGGGAAAAUUUCGAUAGUAGCCAUUUUGGAUUGUUUAAUUUUCCCUGGCGAUGACUACUAAGACCAGCAUUCCUCGCGGGCAUCAAGCCAUAUGAAGUCUUAUGCAUAAGGUCUAUUAACAACGUCAUCUGGCGACAUCGUCAACUGACAACAUUCGUCAUUAACAUACGACAAAACCUGAAAUCGGCCCGAUUAAUCGCAGCGUGUAAACGUACCUUAAAAUGCUGCACCCACAUGUAGUGACUCAAAAUUACGCGAACCGAGUUAGACCGAGUUAUGACCAAGUUUACUCACUUUGUAAAUUAAAGGAAAUUUUUAUUUGAAAUGUUGUAUCUUUAUAUGUGAUAGAGAUUUCCCUUGAUUUACAUAAAGUUUAACUUUGAUUUUCUCGACUUACACAACGUAUUUUUUGAAAAUUACUUCGCCAAAGAACUUAUUUGGCCGAUCGUUUUUGAAGCAAUAUAAAACUAAUUCGCAGUGCGUGUUUUAUCAGACCUAUAUAAAGAUACUCGGCUUCGCCUCGUAUUUUUAUAUCUGACAAAACACUGUUGCUCAUGUUUUAAAUAGUACGUAAAAAUUGAGCUGAUUUAAACUUCACUCAAAAUAUUUAAUGAUUAAAUUUGCUUAUAACUGUGGCUACAUUAUUUUACUUGAGUCAAAAUACUUGGGGAUUUUUCAUUUUUAUAGUGUUCAUGUUGACAAAUUGCCUGAGUGGUUCGCAAGCUCAGAUUGCCAUCAGUGCAAUUAUUAUAAAUUAAAUACUUAUAAACGGGAACGGAUAAAGUAUGAGCUAGGAUAAUUUGCCUAUUUUUUAAUGAGAUUUAGAUCACUGGGAAGGAGAUUUGCACCAGCAAUUUCGCUUGCAAUGGGAUUUGAAAAUCAGUGGGUAUAGUGCAACUGAGAUUCAGACCAAAUUUUGGCGGGGAAAAUAGGAUUGAAAGCAUCUUUUGCCAUCCUCGCAUGUACUGUAAAAACCGAUUGGUUAAAAUAACAAAAAAAAUUGAGUUCGUUGUCUCAGGUGAAAAACAUAGGAUAUUUAACCCAAUUUUGAGGUACCGUAAUUUAUCAUAAUGUUAUUCAUAACAUAAUAUUGGUAUUUCAUACUACUGUUAUUCAUAACACAAUAUUGCAGUCAAACGAAAAUGCAUCGGAAAGGCAACCAAUUCUGAUUAAUUAUUUUAUCCAAUCUGAGUGUUUUUACACUGUGAAAUUAGAAUUAGCAGAACUAACAUGCCUGAUUUCACACUAAGUAUAAUUAUGUUUUAUCAGAAACAUUUCAGAAAAAUUUCGCAUGUGAAAAUGCCUCACGUGUGAAGUGUUCCAAUACCACAGGUCACAUGAGAAAAUUCUAAAUUUUACAUCGGAAAUGACGAUUUCACAUGUGAAGUUCCAAUUCCUCAUAAAAUUUUACAUGUGAAAUGAUGUGUGGAUUUUCCUUGGAGGUUAUUUCACACAGAAAAGAUCUUAUUCAUUGAAAACUGAUAAACUAACACUAUGAUAUCCCAAUCUCCAACUUCUCCAUUGUGUUUAGGAUUCAGCUGUCUAUAAAACCUUCACAUACUACAGAUCUUGCAUGAAUAAGAAUUAUAUUAAAAAUGAUGGGGUUAAACCAAUUCUCGACGCGAUCGAGCAACAUGGCUCCUGGAAAAUCACCAACAAGGACUGGAAUGGAGAUUCUUGGAAGUUAGAAAAAAUUCUUGCCAGGGCAUUGGUUGACCUUAACACUCCAGCUUUUCUAUCUUGGGGUAUAUCACGAAGUCUUUUUGACACAUCUAAAAAGUUUGUUACGGUAGGUUGAAGAAUAGACGCUUUCCAAGAUAGCUUUUUUACCCUGUGUUGAUAAGUACGUUUUCUGAAUUGUGUUGCCCAUAGUCCUGAUUCCUAGCCGAUUCGUAACCAGGAUUCCUGAUUAAUUUAACCAGCUAGGCUAUAUGGUUGUAUUAGCUAGACUACAUUUGGUGGAUUAUUAACGAGACAUUUUGGGUUAUACUUAUUGAUAUAGAUAGUUUGGUUAAGUUUAAUAGUCUGGUUAAUUCAACCAUAUAGCCUGGUUAAACUAACCUGGAAUCCUGGUUAAAUUAGCCUAGACAGUGGUUAAAUUAAAAACCGGGAAAUUUAACCAGGAACAUUAAAGCCUGUUUCACACGAUGAAAUAAGCAUACGGACAAGAACGUUUACACAUAUGAAACAAGUAUCAAAUGUAUUAUUCCACGUGUGAGACAAGCAUAAGCACAAGGAAAGGGAAGGAAAGGAAAGGGAAGGAAAAGUUUAUUUUACUUUGUGCUUAUGCUUAUUUUAUCUUGUGAACCAGGCUUAAGUUACCCCAAACAGUGUUGAUUUUAGGUUAACCAGGAAAUGUUUAACCAAAGUGUUUUAGUAAAAAACAUGCAAACUUCCAAAUCCUUGUAUGUUCCGACUCAGCACAAUAUUAGAAAGUCAAUAUUAAGUAGGGAGAAUCGGGACUUUACAGCUAGGGAAUUUAUUUUAAAGGAUAUGCGAGAUUUGUAUUAGAAAAAGAAAAUCCACACCAGGUAUAUGUUUGUAAGAUUAGGCUUUUUGAAGUUGGCCUGCAACCCAACAGUUGAGGCCCGCAUUUAGAGUGUGAAAUUUCUAUGAAUGCAGCUGUUAAAUCAAUUUAGUCGUCCGUUAAAACAUCAAAUUGUGGUGUUAAUUGAACAACGAAAUUGGUUGACACUUAAUGUACUGUGUUAACGUUCUCUUUCUUGAAUACCAUAUAGAUCGGUGGAGGAAUUUCUGCUUAUGACAGACGACUAGAUAGGAAACGAUCUCGUUCGAGAUUCCCGCAAGAUUACUUAGAAGAUGAGGUAGGUUCAUGUUUAAAGAGCUAAUCUUUUGAAGACGUCAAUAUGAUGAAGUGCCAGUAUGGAAUUCGAUGCAGCUUUUUUAAUUUAAACUUAGUUGCAAGUGAGAAGAGUGUUUGGAGUUUGGGUCUGGCAAACAAGGGCCCACUGUAAUUGGUGUUAAGCUGUUGUGGUGUCCCAGCUUCUUUAAUGCAAUUAUUGUAUAAUGUUUGGAAGCGAAGCACAAUAAAUAAAUAAGUAAAUAAAAAAAACACCGCAGGUUUCCUCAAAACGAAGGCCGAAUAGCGUUUUUAAGAUUUCUAAAUUUGUCCGUUGGUUGAUUGAUAAUAACCCUGAUUAAACUGUUGUAUAGUUAAAUUUCUACCUUUUCAAGCAUUUUAUAACUCCGUUCUUCGUUGAUCCCAUAUCAAUAUUAUGAUUUCAUAGGUCCAAGCAAAUGCAUGGUUUUAACUGCUUUCGAAACGUUAACUUACAGUCAAUUCCGUGUGUGCACACGUGUGCAUAUCGGGCUUCGCUGCCUGUCCUUGAACUCCUUGAAAAUUACUUAAAUUGAAAAGUUAAUUUCAAGGGCACUUUAUAUUAAUAAAAAAUCUUUGAAAAUAAAGACACGUGCUUGAAAAUAUUUAGUAUACUUGAAAACCACCCGAAAUAUUAUUUAAAGGCACAGUUCAGCCUUUUGAAUGAUAGUUUUUAAGGCACGUUUCAGCCAUUUUAAUAGACCUUUAAUUCCCCUUAUGAGUGAAAUUUUGAUCUAGAUAUGCCUGGACAAACAUUUCAUCACAGCUUGAAAGAGUAUCACUAAAUUAGUAAUAUUCCGAUGUUUCGUUGCGAAAUUUUGUAAAAUUCGGAUAAUAUUGCCUUGUGAAGUUUGAUCAUCUGAUUAUCAAUUUCCCGUGCGUAAUACAAAAUAACUGAAAAACGGCAAACUUCGCAAGACUAUAUUAUCCGCAUUUUACAACAUUUCGCAACGAAACUUGGAAUAUUACUAAUUUUGUGAUGCUCUUUCAAGCUGUGAUGAAAUUUUUGUCCAGACUGCAUGUCUAGAUCAAAAUUUCACUCAAAAGGGGAAAGGUCUAUUAAAAAAACUAAAUAGGAAAAUUAAUUAUACGUAAUUCAAGAUCAGAAAACUCAAUGUUUUUUAACAAUAAAAAUGUUGUAAAAUGUAGAGAACAUUAAGUUUGCUGAUCUGGAAUUAUGCUUAAUUGAUUUUCCUAGUUAGUUUUUUCAAUUAAAAGGGUUGAAAUGCGCCUUAAAAACCAUCAUUCAAAAGGCUGAACUGUGCCUUUCUAAGAAGUAAAAUCAACACUAUUUAAUAACAUUGCUUUGUGCUAUACUGCAAUGCAUCGUGCGAAUCCAAAAUAUCCAUUCAAUAUGAAGUACUGUUAAUGCGCUUAACCUAUAACACGGUGUACACCAACUGUUAUACGUUAUAUACAGGUCAAAAUAAACGCAAUUCAUCUUUUGUGCUUAUUAACUUUCGAAAUACUAUUUCUAGUUAAACGCUUUUAGGCUUACUUCAAAGCCUGUUCUUUUCUCUUUCAAACAGACUAUUAUCCUUGUCUCCAAUGCUAGUAAUAAUUGCACAGGAAAAGAUUUAGUAAAACCUAUCAUUUUUAGUUGCUGUUUAAUUAUGCAAGUUUACUAUGUUAUUGUUUAGUCGGUUUAAAUGUUAGAAUUUUCUUCUUUAAACUUUAAUGUUGUCGUCACUACAUCUGGAAAACCACGUAAGAACAAAUUAAAAGUAUUUUAAAAGAGACCAGGUUGUUUGAAAAUCCUAAACGAAUGCUAAAAAUCGUCAAAACAUUCUGGUGUCUGAGCCAGAGUGUCAUCGAAUUGCGAUGUAAUGUAAACAGAAAUUAUAGCAAGUUGAUGUCAGUCAGCUUAGAUGGUCCAAGCCAAAAUUAUAUCGCAUUUGAAGUUUCAAACUGAGUUAAAAAUAGUGGAAGAAAAGCCGUAAUUAUACUUAUUGUUACAAUCCAUUUAAUAAAAUGCAACAUUUUUUUGUUUUAAUGAAAAAUCAGUUAUUUUCAUGAGAACGAUUUGUUAUUCCAUCUCAAUUUUUUUAAUCUCCAAUCGCAAUAACGUAAAAUAUUAUUACCCGCGAACCAAUGAGUCAAAUUUAAGAAACAACCCACUGUUAGAAAGCUGAAUGGCUACGCUUUAAAAUGAAUGUAAACUUUAACGGUUUCGUCUAUUAUUUGUUUAACAAUUUACAUUUCAGUCGAGGUUGCGCUUUUUUUUUAUACACCCUGUAUAUGAUUAUAUUAUAUUAUGUGCUUGAAUAUUUUCUCGCCACUCGAAAAUCAAUCGGUUCAAUAGGUAGUAAUCACAAUAAGUUAAAUGGAAUACCAUAGUUUAAUUCUUCAAGGGGAGUAGAAAUGCAGGUGCGUACCCCCUGAACCCUCCGGUAGAUCCACCUGUAACUUUGUCAACAGAUCAGCUCAAAAUUAUUAGGUACACAAAGUGUGACCAAGCUUUCAAAAAUUGCAAAAUGUCUAUAAAAUACGUUGUACAAUUUGGUAAAGCUCAGUAUACAUAUACGUACAUUUAUCCAAAUAUGGUCAAACGUGGUGAGUUGCUUUUUCUAGUAAUAGUACAUUUAAUUUCUUAAUUUUUUAACACGUGUCCCGUUCUCGUCAUCAACUUUAACACGUGUCCCGUUUUCGUCAUAACCGAGAAUUUCAUAUUGUGACUUAUUCUCUGUGUUUACAGGAUCCAGAUACCUAUGAAGACUAUAAGACUCUGAUGUCAACUAUAUUCAAACUGCUUGGUUCUAAUUCUAAUUCUAACUCGAACAUUGACGAAGAAGUGAAUCGUAUUAUUGAUUUGGAAAAAGAAUUUAAGAAAGUAUGCAUUAUCAAUUUGUUUGCAGUCAAAAUACAAGAACCUUGAGUUCCCACUUCCGCUUGGGCCAGUCUGUUGUCAUUUACUGUGCAUUGUUCUGUAUUGUUCUAGCGGUUUUCAAAUUAUGUUGUAAUACUGUGGCAAUGUUAAUUUUGUUCGUUUUUGCGUUGGAUAAAUAGUGUGGGGUUUUCCUUUUAUCCGGAAACUAUGUCACCAGGCAGAAAAUAGGGUCUAUUGAUUUAUACAGUAAAUGGCAGAAGAGGAUAAUACACUGAAACUAUAAAUACGUAUUUCGGAUGACUGCUUGGCUGUUUUGCCAGUAGACAUUCCUUAUAACGAUGUCAAACGCGGGAAACCUAUGUAUGCGAUAUCCCACAGGGCAAUGUAAGUGGUUGGCAAGCUAACAAAUUUAAAUUGUCCCUUUUUCCACAUUUGACUGAAGCCCUUUGACUGGCUAGUGAAAAUCUGUACGUAGCUCAGAAUACUCGAAACUUUCAAUUAGAAAAACAGCUAUAGCAGUUACAGUAUGCAAAAUACGUCUUUAUACUGUGGUUUUCAACUUUGAACAAAUUAAUAAAACUAGGAGAACUGAACAUAACAAAAAUACAAAAUGACGUGCUAAGUUUAGCCGUUGUGGAAAUAAUUCUUGCAUGGUAAUCUCUCAAUGUCCAUUAAAUUGUGCAAGUUUUCGGAACGCAUCACUGGAUUCCACCGCUUCUAUUCCGGUGGUCGCGUUUAAAAAUACAGUCACAAAACAUUGAAAAGUUAUGUUCGGGACUGUGUGAAAGAUGACUGAGUUCACUUCAUGUUCAGGUGAUCGCUUAACUAAAGAUCACUUCAACAGCAUUUGCAUUAUAAACUUUUGGGGACUUUACCUAAUGACCGCUUAAUGCGGUGCCGCUUAAUACAGCUUCGACUGUAAGUACACAUUAGAAAGAAUAACUUUUUAUCCAUUUACAGGUUAAGGGGCAUUCUACCAGUAUAGAUCAACUUAAAAAUAACAUCAAGUUUAUGACAGUUGAUGAGUUGAACAGCUUCACAUCGUACAAAGUAAGAUUUACAAACUUUUGUUACCUUCAUGCCCUUGUAACACACCUUAUUGUUUUUAUCCAUAGUCUAUCAAGAUGACAUACCUAGAUACUAAACCGAGUCAUUGUGUUAUGUUUUUUUCUGAAUUUAUAUCAAUUAGUUGUGCAUGCAUGCUCUUAUCGUAUAAUGAAAUAAGCGUCCAAUAGGGAUAGCUGAGAUGAAAUAUGCAACGACGAUGAAUAAUAUUUAAUGAAAUUGACACAAAGGAUUGGUGUACGUUGAGGCAGCUUCAGUUGAACAUCAAACAAAGGACUUAUACAGGGUGUCCCAAAAACCCGAAAACUAUUGAAAUCACUUAUUGUUAAAUUUGAAUGCCCUACCAAACAGCUGGACCUAAUAAUGCGUAAAAUAUUUACAAGGUGCAUAUAUUAGAAUUUAGUUAGGAAUAUCUCCUGGUAAAGUGCGCGAUUUUCUGUUCCUGGGAAUUAAAAACAGCUUCUUAAACAGUUUCUUUAUGCAUAAAAUUUACUUAUGUCAAUCAUUUAUGCACUCGUGGGAGCCAACAGAGCGCUAAGGCAUUCAAAUUCUAACAAUUAAAUUGCUAUUGGUGAUUUCAAUAGUUUUCGUUUUUUUUGGGACACCCUGUAUUUUGUAGCUUUGAGAUUUGCCAUACCAUACCAAUAUACCAUACCAUACCAUACCAUACCAUACCAUACCAUACCUGUAGCAUAGCAUAGCAUAGCAUAGCAUAGCAUAGCAUAGCAUAGCAUAGCAUAGCAUAGCAUACCAUGGCAUAGCAUAGCAUAGCAUAGCAUAGCAUAGCAUAGCAUAGCAUAGCAUAGCAUAGCAUAGCAUAUCAUAGCAUAGCAUAGCAUAGCAUAGCAUAGCAUAGCAUAACAUAGCAUAGCAUAGCAUAGCAUAGCAUAGCAUAGCAUAGCAUAGCAUAGCAUAGCAUAGCAUACCAUACCAUACCAUACAAUACCAUACCAUACCAUACCAUACCAUACCAUACCAUACCAUACCAUACCAUACCAUACCAUGCCACGCCACACCAUACUUAAUGCCAUGCCUUACACUAUAAUUUCUACUUUUCCAGUUUGAUUGGAACUUGUAUUUUGAGGAAAUACUUAGUGGCACAAAUAAAAGAAUUCCAUCAUACAAAACGUUGAUGAUAAUAUACCCCGACAAAAUCAAGAAGAUUGUUGACUGGCUUCACGAUAAACCCAAGAGGUAGCUACACCAUAAUCAUUUACGUUUAGAAUGAUAUAAAACUCCCCUAGCGACUUUUUAUAAUACCUCACCUUGACAUAUAUAAGCCACUUCAUAUAUUGCUUAUAGUUAUAUAUCAUCUUGGAUUAGUUUUGUCCUAAUUAAACGGUAGUAUUGUGACGUCAAAACAGGAUUAGCCGUAUAAAACUACUCCUAGGGGACCAAACAAAAAGGAUGUGAUGUCCCCUCAAUGAAUGACCAAAUAUGGAGUUUUAUUGAGUUUAUUGAGUUUCUCACUCAUUGGUGAGCGGAUUUCCCAACAGGCUAUUGCCCAAUUGAUAGGGGAUCUGAGGUCACGAUUUUUUAAAACAUCUUUUUCCGAGAAGAUGCGAUUCCCUGUAUAGGUAGCUCUUUCUCCUUAGUUAGUUUAAUUUAAAAAUCUGAAUAGAGGCGCACAGGUUUGGCAUAAUAUUUAACGGUGUGACGUCAUAACGUUGAUACGAAAAAAAAUAUUAAACGCUAUGACAUCAUGGCAUUGGUGAAGGUGUCGCAACACCAAUGGAUUCUUACAACCGGUCGCUAUUUCUUCUUUUAAAUAAAUACUAAAAAAACCCUAUUGAAUUCGGUUUUUACAUGAAUUGAAGAAUUAUCAAGAUUUUGCCUCGUGUAACAUGGCCUGUUGGGGAGACGUAGAACGUGUUUCGUAACGACUUCGUAUAGACUUUACUGUUCAUUGCACUUUAAAUUAAUGGCCUCAUUUUCAUGUUUGCCUGUUUUAACAUGGCUGCAGGCGCACAUGAAGGUUACUUCCCAACGAUUCGCGCACAAAUAUAUUUAUCUUUGUUCUCUAUCCCAAUUACAAUCAACUCAUCUUUAAUAGUUCGUUGUUAGAUUGAUAUUGUGUGUAUAUCAAUAGAAACGAAACCAAUUCGUUCAUGCCUGUGAUAUAGCAGAUGUUGUUUCAAAACUGGGAGAUGAGGUUGUAAAAAAAUUUAAAGUGUAUUACGAAUUCUUGAAUUUUUAAAUUGAAGAACUUUGAAAUUUUAUAAAUAUAUGGAAAUACCUUUCUGAGGCUUGAUAAACGCAAAUUUCCUUGCGACGACGAUGGCACUGUAAUCGUAAAAGUCUAUUUGUAAGCUGGUGUACACGAAGCAUGGUAAUUAACCACAUAAAAAUGAGGUUAUUUGCAUGGGGGCAAUAAACAGUACAGUCUAUUCUUACGGUUAUCUCCGCUUGAAUUGGUUCGGUUUCGUGGGCCUCUUUGAAUACAAGAGGAAAUCGAGCCAAUUUGAGCACGAACCUGAGAUAUUUCUUGUCCAUUUUAGUUUAUUAGCAAACGAAAUAAUGUGGAACGUUGUUCGAGGCUUUGUACAGACACUACCGAAGGAGUAUAGAGAAGCAGAGGAUAAAUAUAUAAAAAGUUCUUCUGGUAUAACUAUUCCAAGAUGGCGGACAUGUAAUCUUUUGACAGACGGUCUUUUUCAAUAUGUUACAACUCUACUGUAUGUAAACAGGCACUUGUCAGAAGAUGCUAGGAACACGGUAAGAUUUAAUGUUAGUUUGCACCAUAGUUAAUAGAAGAUAUGGUUUGGAAACUUCUUAGAAUAAAAAUAUCACUCAAUAUUAUACCUCAAAUUCAAAUUGUCCAAUGAAAACACAGCAUUUGUACCACGUGAUAAUGUGGUUUUUUACAGUAUUUCACUCAGAUUCAUGAUUUCGCAAUGCAGCGUGAGAUACUAUAAUAUCCCACGGAAGAUCCGCCGUGGGAUAUUAUAGUAUCCCACGCUCACGUGGGACGCGUGAACACCACACUCUAAAAAAAUAUGGCGUUCGCGAGCUGUUGUUUGUAAUUUCGUACAGAAUAUUUGAUUUAACCAAAAAUUUUCAAGACGUAUGUUACCUUUAAUGAUCAGAAGGAUACAUGCUCAAAUAUUUUAAAGAGGGAACGUCAAAAACUCAGGUAUACAUAAGAAAUUAAAAAUUGUAUUCGCGUAGUUAAUAUUCAGCAAGUUUUAAAGUUUAUUCUGAAUUUAGUGAGUUCUUUAACUUUUGGUAUAUUAUAUCAUUUAUAGACCCUCCGCUCGGGGGAUUUGGCGAUAUUUCCCUCUGUAAUGAUAUUUUCCUCAGAGCAAAGCCCCUCGGAAAAUAUCAUCACUUCGGGAAAUAUUACGCCAAAUCCCCCUCGCUCCGGGUCUAUAAAUUAUUAUAUGGACAAUGGUGUUUUACUGGAAACUAAAACACUCGAAGAAUUAGACCAAUUCGGUGUUUUGCUGGACUGCUCAUUCAUGAAAUGAUGCGUCUUGAGGUGGGAAGAAAUUGUAAAACAUGUAUAGAUCUAAGAUCGAAAGAAUUAGAAUAUGCAUGUCAAAGUAUUGAACUGUUCAAUCAUCAUUUGUGUUUCACUUACUGUAUAUAGUCACAUUAGAAUCGCAAAUUAUAUCAAUUUUGUGUGGCGUAUUUUGCCUACUGUGUAAGCAAAAUAGAGAACCCUUUCUCUAAGAGAAGAUAUUUUCUAAUUUUGACUUUUCUAAUUUUGGGCAACGUUUGCAUAUUCAAAUAAUGCUUAAACAUGAAAAAUAUGUCUGACCACGGUGGGAAAUGAACCUACGACUUUGGAAUACCAGCCCAAUGCUCUACCAACUGAGCUAGGCGGUCUGUGAUAUUUCGGGUAUGUGAUAUUUCGGAACAGAAUCUAGUUCCUUCGAUAUCAAUGUUAUCAAUAAUAAUCAUGAAUUUUUCUGUGUUGGUGUAAUGUGCUCAGGUGAAUAUGAUGCUUGUGAUGUUACUCUGAGUGUAUAUCCGCACCGGGCAAGCUUGAAAAAUAUGCCUGACCACGAUGGGAACAUUUGAAUACCUGCAUAUGCAUAUUCUAAUUCUUCCAGUCAUAGCUACUUGUAAUAUACAGUUUGCAAUUACAAUCUGUUCGAAGAACAGAACGCACAUCAUUUGGUUUAUUAACUACAAUUUGUUUUUAGGCAAAAGAAAUGUUUGAAGAGAUAAAAAGUCAGUUCAUUGAUGGCGUGGGAGAACAAACAUGGAUGGAUAUUUCAACCCGCGCUCAUGCUCGUCUUAAGGUUAGUAAUGUAGCAAAAUUUUAGUCAAUGACAUGCUUUUAUAUUCAAUUUGAACAAUCCAAUAUUUCUUGCGGAUACAGCUAUAUAAACUAAUAUGGAAUACGAGUAACUAAAAGAAAUGAAAGACGAGACAAUUUUGAAAAAAAUUAAAAAAAUUAAAGUAACUGAUUCGAUUUGGCGCAUUUGUACAUGUAUGUAAUGUCCUGCUUACUUCUAAAAAAGAAAUAACUAAGACAGUCGUGUUUAUUUGUCAUAUAACCGUGUUUUCUUUUUACACAGCUGCAGAAAAUGACAGAUUUGAUUGGUUUUCCAACGGCUAUUAAGAGGCCAGGGAUACUGGACCGGGUUUAUGAUGAUGUAAGUCAGUUUAGCCAACUUCGCUUGCUUAACUUUCCUAAAUCUUUCCUUUUAGAACAUUGUGUCAUAUUGUAUUACAUAGCUACUGGAUAUACCCUUAGGACUAGAUAUAAUUACUUAAUUUUAUUUAUAUAUUACUACAUAUUGAUCUUAACGAGAUGGGGGUUUCACCGGGGGCUCCGGUUUCCUCCAACAGUGAAAAUUGACAGAGUAGGUUAUAGGAUAAACACAAUUAAGAAAGUAAUAUCAUAAUACUAGAUUCCCUUAAUUACGUUUUCGUAGCGCUUUACAUUGUGGUUAUAGUGGUAUCACUGAUACUCAAGAUGGCUUAUUUUUUGUCCUGACCCGUGCAAGGACUUUUAAAAAAGCUAGGAUCAGGUGCGCGAUAGCCAACAGCAAAAUAUUCGCGAAAACAUUCAAUAUUUUCAUUCGAGGCCGUUAUCUUUAUCAGUGAUACCACUAUAACCACAAUGCAAAGCACUACGAAAACGUAAUAGGGGGAAUCAUCAAUUGCUGUAAAAGAUAAAAUAGUCGAGGCUUAGUAUGUAAUUAGGUAAGCGUAAUAUUUGAUGCAAAGCGAAUUUGAUCAUGUCCUCGCUAUCCCCCACGUGUAAAUUUGCACUGAAAGGAAGAAAUCUUAAACAACAAUCGAUGAACAUCGGCUAAUUAUAUUGAAUAAAUCCUAGCAUACACUGGAAACAAUUUUGAAAAUCCAUAGAAGGUCAUAGAAUGGAAAUUGUGUGGACCUUUAUUGGAAAUAGAAUGGAUUUUGGUUAAUAUCCAUAAUAAUUGUAUAUUUCCAUACUAUGGAUAUAGUACCGAAAUGGUAAGGAUAUAAUAUGGAUUUAGUGGUGCAAUUGCAAAUUUCAUAGUAUGGAUUUCACUUUUUUCCCAGUGACAUCCACCGUGGUUAAUGUCAUUUCCAAGAAAGGGGUAUCUUUUAAAGAUUUUGUUUGGCCAUCGAGCACUAGCAUACUGAACAAAAAAUUGCCAUCGACUUUUCAAUAUUAUAUCCGGCCGGUUCGGUUGCAUAAUUUUAGCUACAAUCCCAAACGAAAAUCGACGAUACUACUAAUUAUUGGCUUAAGUUUCGUAUUAUUAUCACAAACUUAGAGUGGGAGGUGGGGGGAGGAAGGGGGUGAUUUUCAAAGCUUAACUAACCCCAAUAUAUUACUUAAUCUGUGACAGAGGCAAAGUUUGUUUAUUUAUUUACUUUAAAUAAAAAUACAAAAUAAUAAAAAAACACAAAAUGAUUAUACGUAUUGAAAUUCAGAUGUCAUUUAUUGUGCUUCAGAUUCAAGUCGAUCAACAUCACCUUUUCCAAAAUACGCUGAAUGUUUACCAAGAUGGGUAUAAAAAGGAGAUAGAUGGAUUGGACAAAACUCAGGAUGAGUUGGAUGACACUGCCAGGUAUUUAACGAUAAUUUUGAUAAUUUAAGUUUACUACCUCUCUGUUCAAGAAAAGAUCUAUGUCGAAAUUCGAAAAUAUGAUUUACGGGAAAAUAUGCAAAGAAAUACAUCAUUUUGAGCGACAUGUGUGUGGAUUGUGUAUAAAAUUAUUUUCAUGAAAUACCGUUUGAAUUAUAAGUCCAUUUGUGAGACCUAGUGAUCACUCCCAACAUGGAGACUGGUAAACGUGAGACUUUGUGAUGUAGAAAUGCAGAGGCGGUGCCAGAAUUUUUCGGUCAGUAAACCGCCAGUGUCACCAUGCGCUGCAUGCAGUAAGAACCAGUGUUACCACUUUCAGUGUACGUUACAUUCGGUGAUAUAUGAUAAAAUGAUAUAUUCACCGCGCGAAAUACGCGUUUAAACGCGCAUCUCAAAGUGUUAGCACGAAUCCAACCAACACAAACAUGAAGACAUGGACUAGAAUUGGCGAUACUAGAAAUAUGUUAUGAUUAUUGUCUAGGAAAUUAUUAGGAUAUUCGAUAAUAUCGCGAUGAAUGCAAUACGUUAACAGUUAUGGUUACAGUUUCAAUUUUGUACUCAUUAGACGAACAUAGUAGGAGGUUUGUACCUGUGUAUUUAUAGUUUGUAAAACUGUUAGUCUUGAAGUUUUUUCAUAUAUAUGGCGCCAGUGAUUACCUUUUUCGAAUUGGUCUAUACGCCACAUCAUAGAUAAUUAAAGAUAGAAUUAAAUUUCCAAGAAUAGAAAUGUAGGCGCUUUAUUGCAGCUAUGAGUUAUCAUCUGGAAAUGGAGUUCAUACGAACUUGUGAAAAUUCCAAUUCUUGAUCUUCCGUAGAGACUUGUUUUGUCCCGAAAACUCGCUCAGCUGACAUAUUUAGUAAUUUAACUAGAAAGCUUCGAAAAAUAACGCUUGAUAUGAAAAAUCUCAGGUGAAAAUUUAAAAAAAAUUUGAAAUCAACAGGAAAUUUGCUUUAUUUGACUUUCCAGCCAAGGUAGCACGUUGCCAUGGGACUGACAUGACGUACCUAACAAUGACGCAACCCUCCUUUUUUGCCUCCCGCACAUGGCCUGCGUACAUGUGAGCGGGCUGGGAUGCUUUCGAUUGCUUGGAAUGCUUUCGAGUUACGGAAAAAAUUUGCGACGCCGCCACUGUCGAAAUGACGUUACUGGGUUAAGAAUUUGGGAAAGGGUUGACGUUAAGAUUGGAUUUAUUAAUUUCUUUGCAGGCUUUCAUCAUUAACAUACCUCUCAAUCAACGCAUUUUAUAAUCCUGAAGCAAAUGGAAUGAGUAAGUUAUUCAGUUAUUAAAUUCUUUUCCACUCAUUCUUCCUCUUUUCCUCAACCAAUUAUGCCGUUUCCUUGCCUUCUUCUCUUUCUUUCUUUAUGCUUUCUUUCUUUAUGCUUUCUUCCCUUCUUCAUUCUUUCUCUCACGCUCUUAAUUAAGUCACUUUCCUUUCUCCCUUUUCUACCUAUAUUCAACUAUGUACAAACCACCUUUAUCUGGUUAUACCUGUACCUAUAGUACCUACUUCCUAUUUUAUCUAUAUCAAUCACUUAACUUAAAGGUACCUACAUCCUAUCUCUGCUUAUACCUUGUCUCUGCCUACCAAUUAACCCGUCACUAUAAAUGGUAUCUCCUUGAAGUUUGCAUGAAAAUAUUAACUUUUUUCUGUGACCAGAACAAAACUGUGACAAAACAAAAAUUUCUGCCAAUAUAUUCCGGCAUCGUACAACAACAGAACAACAAAGCGUUUCUGUGAAACAACAAAGAAAUAUUUUGCCAGUAUUGUGUCGUGUGGUCAACUCGGCAAGAACGGUAAAAAGUUAAUUUCGCAUUUGUGCUGCAAUGUAGUACAUCCAAUUCUCCCUUCGUUCAUUUUUUGUUUGGCUUUCUGUCUAGUUAUUUCUUUUUUACGAUAGGCUUACUGAAAUUUUUUAUUGUUUACCUUGCAGCUGUCUUGGCAGGAAUAUUACAACCACCUUUCUACAAACACGACAGACUGAAGUAAUACACUUUUUUGUUUUCAUUUACUUUUAUUGCAACUUUUAUUGUAACUUUUAUUGUAACUUUAAACUUUGGCUCUUUUGCAUCCCAGGGCGUUAAAUUAUGGAUCUCUUGGUAUGGUCGUAGGUCAUGAAAUCACACAUGGCUUUGACAAGACAGGUGGGUGAUAAAUACAGGGGGUGAAUGAGGGACAUAUGAUAGGCAUGUUUUGUGAGUGCAUUCUUCAGAAAGCUAAUGUAGCUCAAGAAAUAGUAAUUCGAGUAUUUCAUAAUCAUGUUGUGAUCACUGAG